UCUCUUGUCUCCCCUUACCAGUCUCCCGACUUUUCCACUCUCAAGAUCUUUGUUCCUUUGAGUCCAGUCCUAGAAUUUUUUUUUUUUUUUGGAAGUCCUGUUCUCGUCGUAUUCCUCCAGUGGAACGAGCUCUGGAUUUUCUCCGCUCAAUCAUCCACAUAGCCUAAGCAAUUCUGGACUCUAGCGGUGGGGACAAAGCCGCUGCAGCAAAGAGCCUAGAAUCUGGAAUUGUGCGCAUCUGCAGUAACCAACUCCGCAACUAGCCACUGCCUCACCGCCGCAAUUGAGCUGCUGCAUACGAGGACACGCACGCACGUUCCCUAACACCAUUUCCACCCAUCUUGCUCUCAGGACAGGGGAAGCAUUUCGCACGAGCUUAAUUCCGCCCAAUUUCUUGCAUACACAGUAAAGCGAGCCGAAAGGUUUACCGAAAGAAAAUGGGCUGGUUUGAUACACAUUCUUCCGCUGGCUCUUCUCACUCGGGCCGUAAUCGCUCUCCAUCCCGCCGGUCAACGUAUUCCACCCAUCACUCCCGGCACUCUGCUCCUUCAAUCUUUAGUUUCAACGGAGGAGCCAGCCGCAGCCGCGCCGGCCGAUCCAGUCCAUCAGUCUACUCGUCCUCGUCGUCGCGACGAGCACGACCUCGGUCUGGCUUCGUCCAAAAAGUAGUCCAUAUCAUCAAGCGACUGCUACGGGACAUUUACAAGUAUGCCCGUGAGCACCCAAUGAAGGUGCUGGUCCUGCUUCUCAUACCGCUCCUUACAAGCGGUGUUCUGCAGAAAUUGUUCGCCAUGAUUGGCAUUCGUCUGCCCAAGAACAUCUUUGGCGGCCAAGGUGGACAAUCCCGAGAGGGGGGCAAGAACGGCAUCAUGGAGAAUUUGAGCUCAUUUAUGAACGUUGCGAAGAUGAUCAUGUAAGAAUGAAGCGCGCUAUAUCUCAAUAUAGGCUGCGUGGUCUAGCGGAGCGCUUCGCUAGGAAUUGAAUGGUAUGAUGGAUGUGCGGAAAGGUCAAAACCUACGAUCAUGAUGACAAUGAUGACAUGCUAUAUUACUUGGUUUUCGGUACUUGAUAUUUACGUUCGUUUUUUGUGACUUACUACGUAUGAUAUUGGAGGGUUAGUUGCAAAUCUACUGGGAGUCUUCUUUUUUUCCCUUUGGUGUGUGCAGAUACAUCUAAAGUGGUUGUUUGAAUCUAACAAUAUCUACUCAUAGAGUGGUGCAAUUGAUUGC